CUCUUGUUAUAAAGGCCCACAUGCCAUUCGCUUCCUUCACUGCCUGCUGUACCUGCAUGCUUACUUUCAUAGACUGAUGAACAAGGACCCCCAGAUCCCGUUGUACUUCCCCUUUCCCCAACUUGACACCAUUUAGAUAGUAAUCUGCCUUCCUGUUUUUGAUAUCAAAGUAUUAAUAAGGAUGGGGAAAAUGGUUGUUUAAGGAAAAUUUGUUUUACUUAUUGUAUUGUGGUGGUGGGUUUGUUUUGAAUUAUUUCGUAUUGCAAAUAUUAUUGUAAAUACUUGAUUAAAUCUAUUUUUUUGGUUUAAACCAAAAACAAGGUGAAGCAGUGAAAUUGGGGAAAUGAGGAAAGGAAAGGGAUUAAUUGCGCCGCCCGCUAGAGAAAUUGGUCCCAUAUUUCGUACUGGAAUUUGAAGGGUGGUUUACGAGCGACUGGGUUACGCUGCUGCAGCUAACGCCGAGGCGAGUGCAGUGUUUGUCUGGUCUCAGCAGCAGAGGGAAUUGUUUGUCUGGGGCUCGGCUACCUGGUCGGAUUGAAGGCGGAGCGGGACAGCUCGGGGUGUGGAGCCCUGGCAAAAGGGGCUGCAUGGAAAUGGCUUGAGCUAUUCGAGCCACAGGCUGGAAUAGAGCCCGUGUUCUUUGUCUCCAGCGAUGGGGCAGGGCUCGCAGCUCAGCAGAAGAGCUUUGUGCCCAGCCUGGGAUUGAUUCCGUUCUCCCGCAAUGUUUGUUAUUCACAAUCCACAAUCUCGCCAUCCAGGAGCACCGUUGCAUUGAUCGCUCGGAUCCAGCGCUGUGCUGUCCCGGGCUGGGACAGAGAGAGGGGAACAUGUACCCGGCGCUGGGGUCUUUCUACUGGGCUCCCGUGGCUUGGAAGGCCCCCCUGGGUGAGUUGGAGCUGUACAGCUCCGAGGCCGGCAGCGGGCCGCUCCUUGCCCCUCUCUUGCCCAUCGUCCAGGUACCUCCACAGCAGGGCAGCCGGGGCGAGCUGGGCUCGGCAGCCGCGGGGAGCAGCGGAGCAGCAAGCCCCGGCCCCGGCUCCAGCCCCGACUCCAGCCCCGGCAAGAGGGCAGGCAGCGGGCCGGAGCAAGUACACCUGGCCAGAUGGGGCUCCGAGAUCCUCCAACGCGACAGGGAAACUGCCAGGGAGGUGGAGAUGCAAGAUAGACUGGAGCGACUGGCGGCUGACAUCGCCCUCAAAUACAUCCGCGCUGACCACUGCCUGAAGUACAUCAGAGUGUGUGUGGAUACAGCUAUUCUGCAGGAGCCCGGUGGAUAUGUGCUGCUGGACGUUUUGAACUCGUUGGAAUCGGAAUAUAGCAUUGAGCCGCAGUCAGUCCCCUCCACCAUUACAUGGAGAAGACAACUGCCUCAGGUCAUCUUGGACCAGCUUUCUGAGGAGAGUAAACAUUUAUACAAAUCUAAGGAAGAAAAUCAAAUUCUGGUGCUACUUUCACCAAAUUAUUUCCUUAACAUGGUGUGGUUGCAUAAACAGAAAAUGAAAGGCGUUUUCAUGGAAGACAUUUGUGAAAACUUUGACAGUUUUAUAAUGAGAGUUCUGGGCAAGCAGUUUUACAGAAAAGCUACAUUGGCUGUCAUUGGAUUGGAUACUUACACAAGGGAGAAAGGGCUUUAUAGUCCAGUGAAACGACAGCUGAAUUCAGAAAACACCAGGGAUGAAGAUUCUGAGUCAUGGGUUAGCAAAGAGCUUGGCUUGACCUGUGCAGAUUUGGACGAGGUCCAGGUUGCGUUGCAGCUGCAAACACACACAACAGUUUGGUUCUUGGAGAACUGGCAACAAUUUGCUGAUCACAUUGCAACUCUUACAAAGGCAAUAGCUCGAUCCCCGUUCAAAAAGCAAAGUGAGAGAAUGACCUUCUCCUUCUGCCCUGAUGGAACAUGGUCCACUGGUGUGAAAGUGGAUAAGGAUGGAAAGGGGCUCCUGAAAUUGUGGAAAAAGCAGCUCCAGCAACUCAACAGGAUCACCCAGCCAGUGGCCAUGGCAAUAGCACAAGCCUACCCCACACCACAGCUCCUCCAGCGGGCUUAUAGACAUUGUACGACAGAGUGGGAGAAGCAGAAUCUGCUAUCAGAGGUGAAAGUACAAGCUGGAGGAAAACGUGUGGAUCGACGCGUUGGACCAGACAUAUCUCGCAGGUUGUAUAUUUUCAUGACUUCAGAAAAUGCUGACAUAGUCUUGGAUAAAAGUGGGUAAACUGAGAUGAAAACUUGCGACAUUUUACCAUUUGCCUUUAUGAUUUAACACAAAGAAACACACAUGAACAAAGUUUGGCUGAAUUUGAAACAGUUCAGCGUCAGAGUUGCUGUUACAGUUUGUGUGAGCUCGGAACUGAUUGUUAUUAAACCAAAAUUAGUCUUAAUUCACUAUUUCAUGUAAUGGGUUAACAACUAUGAGCAGGAUGUCAACACUAACCAGUUUUUAAAACAAUCAGGUUUUUCUGCUCAUUCUAUAUUCCAAACACAAAUGGCCACAUGCAAGAUUAUAUAAUGGAAAGAAAAUACGUUGUAUUUUAAAGUAAGUUACAACUCUCGAAUAAUAUGGUAAACCCUCGUUAUAACUGACCAUGGGGAGGGGGGGAUGGUGUCCGUUACUGCCGAUUGACCGCUAUAACAGAGUAAAGGAUUACCGAGCAAGAGUAUCAUUGCACGAGAACUAGAAACAAAAAACUGCAGAUGCUGGUUAAUACACAAAAGCGCUGGAGUAGUGGAUUAACUCAGCAGGUCAGGCACUGUCUCUAGAGAACAUGGAUAGGUGAUGUUUCACGUCGAGACCCUUGUUCAGACUCUCAGUGAGCUGGCGGCCGAGGGAGAAGUGAGGAUCGGCGGAGUCAUUGGUCGCGGGGUGUGGGCAGCCGGACAGGUGUGGGUUGGCAGUGGUGGUGGCAGCGGUAAGCGUGGCCUGGAAGCGGCCGAGGAGGCUGAGUGGGCCGGCAGUGGCGUCAGUAGGUCCGGCCUGGGAGGCGGCGGGGAGGCAGUGCGGGCCGGGUUUGGCUUCGGCAGUCCAACCUGGCUGUGAAGGUUGGUGGGACUGGUCUGGAAGCAGCUGGGGCGGGGGUGAGGAUUGGCGCCAGCUUCGGUGGUCCUGGCCUCAGAGAGACCAGGUGAAUGUUGGCACUGCGUCUCCGAGUGCCGCUGCGGGUCUGGGGUAUUGUGGCAGCCAGGUGCACGGCGCAAUCCAGCGGUGGGUCCGAAUCUGAAACGCCACCUAUCCAUACUCUCCAGAGAUGCUGCCGAGCCCGCUGAAUGACUCCAGCACGUUGUGUCAUUCAUCAUUGCAUUGUAACCAGCAACCUGCUUUCUCAAAGAGACAGCGGUGUCUGAUUAUUGUGGAGAUGCACCACCCACUAGAACUGAAAUCCGUUAUGAAGAGGUCUGCAAUAACAAGGGUUUACUGUAUUUUCACAAAGUUCAGGUUCAGCAGAAUGUGAUAAGGAUAAAAUAAUUGCCAGUUAAAUGAUUAGAAAAGUCAAAAUUUAUGGUAGAUAAAUAGAAUACCAUUGAAACACUGUGAUCAAAAGUCUUUAAUAGGAAAUGAGCAGAAUGGUGACAUGAUGCAGCCAAACGUUGCAGUUUGAUCGAAUGGGUCAUUUGCAAUGAUCAUUUAUAAAUUAGCCAGCGCACAUUGAAGGUUGUGAUUAUUCCAGGCUCACAAUAUCAAUGUUCCUUAGAUCAGUGUGUAGGUUCAACCAUUUUCAGCAGCUCAUCUUUUCCAUCAAAGGGUCCGAUGUAGGGAUAUUCACCAAAUGCUUACACACUGUUCAUUUUUAUUUGCAACUCUUCACCUUCAGCUACUGACGCAUUUCCAGAUUGUGUGCAGUUUAACGGAGGUAACAUUCAGCCAUGGGCUCAACAGUGGCAAGUAGCAUUCACAUUAGGCAAUGACUACCUCCAACAAGAGUCUACCCACUUACUCUUGACAUUCAAUGCCAUAAAGAGUGCCAAGUUCUCCUAACAUCUGAAGCGAUGGGGAGGAAAAG